CAAGAAAACAAAUUUGUAAAAACCACUGACCACAGGAUCUAGCAGCGCACCGUAUUCAGUUCCGUAGAGGAUUCUAUUGGGUGAAAUAGAAAGAAUACCAAGUGCCAACAUCCGAAGACACCCAGCGACAGAGGUCGACGAUGACGGACGAUACCGAAGAGUUGGAACCGUUGUUUGAUUACACCCGGGUUCAACCUCUGAACCCCAUCUGCCUCGAUGAUGAUUGUGAUGAUGACGAGGAUGUGAUUUGCGUUGGCACUAAGAGGAAGACUUCUCAGCCUGUUGGAAAUGAGAAGACUCGUGGGAAAGCAGUACCUGUGGUGGACAUUGAGGACAAGGAUGAUGACUGGUUACCUCCCCCACCAAAAAUCUCAUGUAAUGCAGAGAGGAACAUUGAAGAUGAUUCAACUUUGAAAAAAUUGAGAUUAAAGAAGCAAGAAAUUGCUUCAUUUGCUGAAUCAGCGAAAAAUUUGUUAAAAGAUGUUGAAGAGUCUUCAAAAGUUGAAAUUAGUGAUUCAUUGCAGUCUUCUGUGGAUGUUGUAAAGGAGAAAAGUUCUGAGCAUUCUGAAAGAGCAAAAAUUCUCAUUUCUGUUCAAGACAAGGCUGGAACAAAGCAGAUUCGGAUGUUCAUGGAUGACAAAUUCGAAAGGAUUGUCAAAACAUAUGCAGAGAAAAUCAAGUGUGACCUGAAACAGAUAGUAUUGUCCUUUGAUGGUGAUAAAAUAAGUUCGUCUGAAACCCCUGCUAGCCUUGGGAUGGAGGACGAGGAUAUUAUUGAAGUUCACGUGAAAUCAAGUUGAUCUAGUAAAGUAUCAUUUGUCUACUGCUCCACUCCAGUAGCCUUUCGGUUGAUUCAAAACUAAUGCCGCGUUGCUGGAAAUAUAGAACAUAAUCUAUACCUUUCUGGUUCGGAGCUCAAACUGACAUUUUUGGUCUACGUUUGGGAUUUGCAUUACCCAAGAAAGUUUUUUGCCUUUUGCUUUUAGUAUCUUUAGUAAAAGAAGAAAGUCAAAAACAAUUCUAGUUCUCAAUGUAUUCGCAAUAUUGAGCUUAAUUGUAUAGCACACAUUUUGACAGCAUCGUCUAGUAACAGCCUUUUGGUAGAUGCUUCUUUGGUGUAUUGGUUAAUUGUUCAAAUUACUAUAAUUAAUUAUUGUUGAUAAGGAUGCCGAAGUUA